UACAGUUAGAAGUGACAAUGAAGCAAAAAUUGCGGCUCAACGAGACCCAGAUUAUUUGAUCGAGACUUUACAGAAGCAGUUUCCCAACUGGGUUUUGCAUUUGGAGAAAUCCAACUUGGGUUGCGGAUUUUUUAGACAUUGGCUUCUGAAUCGAUGGUGACGGCGGACGUUAUGCUACGCUGUCUUAUGCUUGGCAUCAAGCGUUCAAGCGUGUCGGCUGUUGAUCAUGGGUAAACCCACCGUCCUCAUGUUCUUGAUUCUCAGUGUUAUCUUCGUUGAAACCAAAGGCGAACCAUCGUUCGCCGAUGGAGAUAUCCCAAGUUCUGGAGCUGGACGACUAACUGGCGCGUCAUAUUCUCCCCCUCACCAGAGCGUGCCACCGAGACAUAUUUCUGCUGCGGGGCAAAAUGAAGUACCGCAGCUCCGAAGGCAGGCGGGAUGGCUGUCGCGAAGAGUGGAGGUCCGCGAGCAAGACUGGUCUUCAGAAGAGCAGUUGAGUGCCGGAGAAGCACACACAGCAGAUGGAGAGCCGGCCGAAGGAGGGGCGCACCGGCGGCUUUUGGCCGACACUGCCAGCAUGACCCAACAAAGGAAACGAAGCCGCGAAACGUUCCUGUUGGUCAGCGUUGCCGACGAAAGAUCAGUGCAGGAAGCGUCACAGGGGACCCGUGUACGCUUGUCAAUCAAUGGGAUCACGAAUAAAACAGAAGCGGAUCCGCAAACACAGUCUCAGACAUUAGGCAUACGCCAGGAGGAAACGACGUACGGCGGCGAAUGCACACAUGGGGCGCCAGGGCCGCCAAUAGUUGUCCGCUUGGCCAAGCGCCUAAAGCUCACGAGCUUUGCACUGUCGAAUGCCAUCUGCCUGGAAGGUAUGAGUGAUGGAGCGGCCCCUGGUGAUGUGUGACUGGGGCAAACGUUGUACUAUCGCUGCCAGGUUUCAUUGGAGCUCCGGUCUGUCAUCAGGGGUGUCUUUUGCCCAGUUACCCUUCACUGGCAGUGAAAGCAGUGUGACAUAUCGACGAUAAUGCAUGAUCACAGGCAUAUAAUGUUAUGGUGAGGCCUAUCAUGACUCGUGGCAUUGUUGCAGGAGGCACGUACGUGGUGACGACCAUAGAAGGUGUGAAGGAAAUCAAUGGCAAGCCAUACGUGGCACCAUCAAGCAAUUCGUUAUUCGUUCAACCGUUCUGGAUACGGAGACAAUGGAAGCAAAGUGGUCGGAAUAACCGGCGCGAACCUGCUAACCAAAAAUUCUUCGUCGCACUUCAAGAAAACUUCUUUGUCUCCACCACGAGACAGACUUCGGUCCACAAAGAGAACGCAUUCUCACAUGCACACAACAGAAAAGGCCACAAAGAUUGGCGGAAGCGACCUUUUCCAAGAAAAGGCGACCAAGCGGUGCUGAUUUGUCUCGCAGCAGGUGGCCCCCUUAUUGCUCUUGAGGCUCGUUUCUCUUUGAUGCUUUCUCUGGGAAACGCAGCUGUGCUGUUGGAUAAGAUUGGUAGAGUGG